AUGUCCACUUUGACUUCUCUCGACCACCUUGUGAAGCGCCAUCAAUCAGCGGUUGUUACCAGCAGCCCCGAAUACAAGGCCAAUUUGGAAGAAUGGCAAGGUCUCAUUGAACAACUACAAGAACGAUUGCAAGAGGCUACGAAUGAAGGCAAAGAAAAGCAUAUCGCUUUGCACAAAAAGCGCGGCCAGUUGCCAGCACGCGAACGAAUCGAGUUGUUGCUUGAUGAAGACUCGCCAUUCCUUGAAUUAUGUGCGCUUGCUGGAUACGAUCAAGAUGACAUGACGCUUGGUGGAUCCAUCGUUGCUGGUAUCGGUCUUGUCAGCGGUGUGCUUUGUAUCGUCUCAUCCAAUGUACCCACAAUGGCUGGUGGUGCCAUGAACGAAGCUGGUGUUCUCAAGGCUGGUCGUAUCCAUCAAAUCGCCAUGCAAAACCGCUUGCCAACAAUCACUCUUACUCAAUCGGCCGGUGCUAACCUCCAACAACAAUUCAAAGUUUUCCAUCGUGGCGGUGCUGGUUUCCGUAAUCAGGCUUUGCAAUCCAAGGCACAAAUCCCCUCUUGCUGUGUGGUGUUUGGAAGCUCUACUGCCGGUGGUGCAUACACCCCAGGUAUGAGUGAUUAUGUUAUCAUGGUCAAGAAAAAAGCUGCUGUAUACUUGGGUGGGCCUCCUCUUGUGCAAAUGGCUACAGGUGAAGUUACCGAUUCAGAGAGCUUGGGUGGUGCGGAUAUGCAUUCGCGUGUUUCGGGUGUCAGCGAUCAACUUGCAAAUGAUGAAUACGAUGCUAUUCGCAAGGCACGUGAGUGGAUGGCAAACUUGAAUUGGGAACACAAAGGAACCCUUCCUUUGCGCCAUUUGAAGGGAGAGUUUGAGGAACCAUACUACAACCCUGAGGAACUCUUGGGAAUUGUUUCUGCCAACAUUCGAUUGCCAUUUGAUGCCACUGAAGUCAUUAUUCGUAUUGUGGAUGGCUCUCGUUUUACUCCUUUCAAGCCCAACUAUGGUGGCAACUUGGUUUGUGGAUGGGCAUUCAUUCAAGGUGUCCCCGUUGGUAUUCUUGCCAACAACAAUGUCAUCUUUACCCAAGAGGCCAACAAAGCUACCCAAUUUAUCCAAUUGUGCAAUAUCAAAAACACGCCUUUGAUCUAUUUGCAAAACAUUACUGGUUUCAUGGUUGGAAAGCAAUAUGAAGAAGAAGGUAUUAUCAAGGCUGGUUCCCGAUUCAUCAACGCAGUGAGCAACUCCACCGUGCCAGCCAUUACAAUCAUGAUGGGUGCCAGUUAUGGUGCAGGCAACUACGCCAUGUGCGGUCGUGCAUAUGAACCAAGAUUCCUCUUCUCGUGGCCCAACUCAAAGUGCUCUGUGAUGGGACCAGAACAGCUUACGGGUGUGCUUGACAUUGUGAUGCGUCAAGGUGCUGCUCGUGCUGGUAAAAAGAUUGACGAAGAAAUGGCUUCCCAGCGUAAGGCCUUGUUCCAAGCAUCAGUAGAAGCCGAAUCGGAUGUGUACUACACCUCUUCACGUCUUUUGGAUGAUGGUAUCAUUGAUCCCAGAGAUACCCGUACUGUGAUUGGUUUUUGCUUAGAUGCAAUCUACAGUAACACUGUUGAAGGAGGCAACAUUUAUGGUGUGAGUCGCAUGUAA